GACAAAAACAAUCCUUCUUCUCCUUCAGCGUGCUGCAAUCCACGGCUCAGGAUCCCUAUCAUUGCCGUGCUCCAAUCAAGUCAGCUGUUCAAGUUUCGGAAAGCACGGCAAAGGAGAAGCACAAAACACCGUGGCCGAUCGGCACUUGGAGCCUGCGCGCAAUUCCCCCUCGCCCCCUUCCUCUCAAGCAGCGCCGAGUCACUGUUCAAAAAUGAUGUGGGAUCUUCGAAUCUUGACGCUCAUACUGGGCUUCAUGACUGCGUCUACCUUGGCGUACCCGACCUGGUGGCUGGGCGCCUUCAACUUCCGAUGCAAACCACCCGGCUACGUCGAGACCUACACCAACGACUGGAACGGCGAGUGGAGGGUGUCGAGCAUUUGUGCACCGGGAACAUGUUGCUCAAACUGGGCAUCCACAGGCCCAUUAUGUACCAAAGAGGCUUGCGCGGUAGCCGAGACUGAACGGGUCCGACUCACGGCUCAACAUAAGGCGGCCGAGGACAAUAGGAAAAAGCAAAAGCAAAAGGAAGAGGAGGCCAAGAAGGAGGAGAAGGAGAAGGAGGCAGAGAAAAAGUGGAGAGAAAAGGAAAAAGCGGCUGGAAUAGAGCAGUCUCUGUGAUGGAACCGAGGUCCUUGGACAAACUCUCGACCUGUCUGAAUCCCUAUCAUUAAAAUCACACAGCAAGUUUCAAUGAGGAUAGAUGAAAUACAUCCAUGGAACCAAC